AUGGACGACUGUCAAAACGCGACUGAAAGUGUGUUCACCAUGCCGACGCAGGUUGUUCCGUUUGGGAACAAACCCCCACACAGGCAGUUGCAGCAGUUGGUGCCGUUUCGCCUAUUCGAGCCGUUUUCUCCAAAGAUCGUUCGACCGGUGUGA